AUGAGGAAGCGAGAUUUGGCCAUUCUCAUGCUCUCUGCUUUCGCCAUCUUCUUUUCUCUUCAGCACGAGGGUGAUUUCUCGUUCAGAGAGGCAUGGAUGCAUCUCUCCGAUGACUACCCCAUCAAGUACGAAGCCGACCGUCUCCCUCCGCCGAUCGUCGCCGAUCUCAACGGUGACGGCAAGAAAGAAGUCCUCGUGGCCACCCACGAUGCCAAAAUCCAGGUUUUGGAGCCUCAUAGUAGGCGUGUGGAUGAAGGAUUCAGUAAUGCUCGCGUGCUUGCGGAGGUGAGCCUGUUGCCCGACAAAAUCCGCAUCUCCUCCGGCAGACGCCCCGUGGCAAUGGCUACUGGGGUUAUCGACAAGCUCAGACCUGGGCAAAGACCCAGGCAGGUUUUGGUGGUUGUUACGUCGGGUUGGUCUGUCAUGUGCUUCGAUUCCAACCUCAAAAAGCUCUGGGAAGUCAAUUUGCAGGAGGAUUUUCCACAUAAUGCUCAUCAUAGGGAGAUUGCCAUCUCCAUUAGCAAUUACACCUUGAGGCAUGGGGAUACAGGAUUGGUGAUUGUUGGUGGAAGGAUGGAAAUGCAGCCUCAUAUUUCCCUGGACCCUUUUGAAGAAAUUGGGAGGACAGAGAGAAGUGCUGAUCAGCAUAGAAGAAAUCUAACUGAAAAGGAGGCUUCUGAGAAUUCAGGAACUGUGGAUUUACGGCAUUUUGCAUUGUUUGCAUUUGCUGGUGGCUCUGGAACAAUUCGAUGGACCAGAAAGAAUGAGAAUAUCGAAGAACAUUCUUCAGAUGCAUCACGGUUAAUUCCACAGCAUAACUACAAGCUUGAUGUUCAGGCUUUGAACAGUCGUCAACCAGGAGAGUUUGAAUGUAGGGAAUUCAGAGAAUCUAUCCUUGGAGUUAUGCCACAUCACUGGGAUAGAAGAGAAGAUACUUUGUUGGAACUUGCAAGGUUCAAGAGGCACAAAAGGAAAAUAUUGAAGAGAACAUCUGGAAAGACUAUUAACUACCCUUUCCACAAGCCUGAAGAAAACCAUCUUCCUGGAAAAGACUCAACAAAAAAAAUUUCUAACUUCAUUGGAAAAGCUGCACAGUAUGCUGGCUCUGCAAAACCUAAGAAGCCAUUUCCAUAUAUUCCUACCAUAACAAACCACACACAACUUUGGUGGGUUCCUAAUGUUGUUGUAGCUCAUCAAAAAGAAGGAAUAGAAGCUAUUCACUUAGCAUCUGGUCGCACUUUUUGUAAGCUUCAUCUUCAAGAGGGUGGCCUUCAUGCUGAUAUAAAUGGUGAUGGAGUCCUAGAUCAUGUCCAGGCUGUAGGGGGAAAUGGUGCUGAGCAGACUGUUGCCAGUGGAUCCAUGGAAGUGCUCCGCCCCUGUUGGGCUGUUGCAACCUCUGGUGUACCUGUACGAGAACAACUAUUUAAUGCUUCUAUAUGCCAUCAUUCCCUUUUUAACUUAUUCCAACAUGGAGAAUAUUCAAGAAACUUUGGUCGAACUCAUGAUUUAGCUUCAUUGGAGGUAGCAACUCCCAUUCUCAUCCCAAGAAGUGAUGGCCAUAGGCAUCGUAAGGGAAGCCAUGGUGAUGUUGUCUUCUUGACAAAUCGUGGUGAGGUAACAUCAUACUCCCCUGGGUUGAAUGGUCAUGGUGCUGUUUGGCAGUGGCAGCUUUCGACGGGUGCUAUAUGGUCAAAUCUUCCAUCUCCAUCAGGGAUGAUGGAAUCUGGUAUAGUGGUACCUACACUGAAGUCAUUCUCGUUACGAGUCCAUGAUAAUCAACAAGUGAUCCUUGCUGCUGGAGAACAAGAGGCUGUCGUGAUAUCUCCUGGAGGAAGUAUUUUGACAUCAGUUGACCUUCCAGCACCACCUACACACACCCUGGUCACUGAGGACUUCUCGAACGAUGGCCUCACUGAUCUUAUCAUUGUGACCAACACUGGGGUGUACGGGUUCGUACAGACCAGGCAACCAGGCGCCCUCUUCUUCAGCACCCUGGUUGGUUGCCUCAUACUUGUAAUGGGAGUCGUAUUUGUUACCCAACACCUCAACUCCAUAAAGGGCAAACCUCGUGCUUCAUCUGAUCAGUGA